AUGAAGCGGUCGGCGCCUCUUGUCCGGGAUAAUGCAUCGAAUAAACGCUUGAAACAUGAUAUUCCAGCAUACCAUCUUACUCCUCAGCAACGAGACGCGAAGGGGCAGGCUAUAUGGCCGGCGCCAAGAGAGCAAAUCCACCAUGCGCAGAAAAUCAUUCUUGAUUGCGCAAAUUCGAAGCAAAAUACCCUCCUUGUCCCUGACAAGGAUGCGGAUGGCUUAACUUCCGGCGCAAUCUUAUAUACCACAUUGGUGCUCCUUGGACUGCCUCAAGAUCGAAUCUCGGUGCACCUUCUUUCGAAAGGCAAUAAUGUCUUUAGCGAGGUGGAACUAGCAGCAGUUGCCGCCUAUGAGCCAUCCUAUAUCUUCGUCUUGGACCACGGAUCUCGUGUAGGGCCCCCUCUUCUUUCGAGACCACAUACGGCCCUUGUCAUCGAUCACCACCAGACCACACCAUCCGACUUUCCUACUGGCGCCGCAUACGUUACUGCCUGCGACUCGCCCCCCGUGGCCACCUCGUCAUUACUCACCUAUCUCAUCUGCGAAGCGUUGCACAGUGAUGUCGAAUCCAAGUGCGACUGGCUCGCGAUCAUUGGCACUCACGGCGAUCUAGGAACGAACCUGAAAUGGGAACCCCCCUUUCCAAACAUGGCGGAUCCGCUGAAGCGGUACUCGAAGAAAGCCCUCAACGAGGCGGUGUCCGCAUUGAACGCCCCGCGCAGAACCGCAGAGUAUGACGUGUCAUCAGCGUGGGACGCCUUGCGUCAAGCGUGCGAUACUGACGACCCGGUAGCCGGGUUGAAGAAGCUCCUUCAGAAUUCGAGAUUGCGCGCUGCGAGGGAAGAGAUUCGCUUGGAAGUGGAACGUUGCACACAUGCGCCGCCGAAAUUCGGCCGGGAUGGACGCGUCGCGGUGUUGCGGAUCCGAUCUCCUUGCCAAGUGCAUCCCAUAAUCGCGACGAGGUGGGCAGGAUUCCUUGCGGCGAAGAAAUUGGAGAUCAUAAUGGUGGCCAACGACGGGUAUUUGGAGGGGAAGGUGAAUUUCUCAUGUCGGGUUGCGAAGUCUGCGCGCGGCUGGGAUCGGCCGCCGAAUGUGAUUGAGUUGUUGGAGGAAUACGCAAAUCAGGCCGAUGACGAGAAGUUGAGAACGAGGCUGGGGGAGAAUUUCGCACGAGGGCAUAAGGAGGCCAGUGGGGGGAUUGUGGAUAAGGAUGUGUUUGAGGGGUUGAUUAAGACGAUGAAGAUAGGGGAGAAACCGCCGGCGGAAGAGGGGAAGAGUGGAGGCACGCCAAAGAAAUCGAAAGGGCCGCCUCCGCAAAGAAACACGUUGUUGAAGUAUUUCGAGGGCAAAAGUCAGGACAAUGAGAGACUUUGA